AUGGCAAGAACGUCCAACUUUAUCAAGUUGUACCUUUUGGAAGCCUUAGCAGCUCAGUAUCCAGAUGGAGUCCUCCCUUUCUCCCUUAAUCUCUCCUCCGAAAUUGCCACCAUCUUUACUACGACCCCCUCCGCUCCCCCCACGUUCAUUCUCACGUUAGCGGCUCUUGAGACCAACGCCACCUUUGCCAUGACCGAAUCUGACAUUGUGACCGUCUCUCCUCGCUCCUCGACCGACAACUCUGCCGAGGGUGCCUCUGGCCCUUUUACGCCUGCUAAGGCUGCUGAGUCCGCCACUGUCGCCCAGAACGUCUUCACUUCUUCGUCUGAUGAGAGCGACCUGUCCUUUUUGAAGGAGGAUUCGAUUGACUUUGGCGACGGCCACCCUGUGACCCUGACCAGCGCGCUCUCCAGCUUGGCAGAGGCUGCUCAUCACUUUCUCGAAGACGGUGACGACGCCAAGAACAGCCUGACAGCAUCGACACCAUUGGCUCAGUCAUACCUGAGUGUCAUUCCUGAGGAGGACGAGGACGAGGACGAGAACGACCUGUCCUUCCUGAAGGCGGAGUCGAUUGACUUUGGCGACGGCCACCCUGUGACCCUGACCAGCGCGCUCUCCAGCUUGGCAGAGGCUGCUCAUCACUUUCUCGAAGACGGUGACGACACCAAGAACAGCCUUACGACAUCGGGACCAUUGGCUCAGCCAUACCUGACUGUCAUUCCUGAAGAGGCUGAGGACGAGACACCAGAGGUUUCGAUGGCCACCGCCGGGCAACCGUCGACUGCAACUGCGGACAAUCUUCAGGAGACCCUUACACCCGCUACGAUUAUCACCUCCGAGGAGUCACAAACAACAACAAUAGAGACGUCCAGCGCAUCCACAACUACCUCUGCCAGUGUCAAGAACUAUGGACCAAGAACCGUCCAGGAGUUCGUCUCUGACCUCGACGCCCGCCCCCUGAUUCUUCAGAACAUGACAGACGAACAGAAGGACAACUUGGCAAAGUGGCAGGAUCUGCCCGGUCGUUUGGCCAAGGAGAAUGCUGAUUUACGCGAAAUGGUUCGGGCAGGCAAGAAGCCAGUCCGAUCCAUCGAGAGCCCCCGUGCCGCCAGCAGCAGCACUGAAUCAACCAUCAGUUUCAGCUCUGCCUCCAAAAACAUGCCCGGUAUUAGCAAGAACAACUACGGAGCCAGCAACGGCUCAAGACAGAGUGGUCGCCGUGAGAACAGGAUUGGAGCCGUCAAGAAUGCACCCGUCCAGCUUCACCGCCGCAAGGCCUGCGACAGCCAAGGCAAGGAUAUUCUCAUUGUACUUACGCGAACCGGACACGCGCUCCGCAACCUCGAGGACGAGUACAACCGCUGGGUCCAAAACCCGCUACUCAGACCGACAUUUAAUCGUGCCCAGAAGGACCUCGAUACCAUUACUUCCGUGAUCAAGGACGAGGUCGGUGACCCUAUCCCCGAGCGAAGCUCGGGCAAGACCCUUGAUCAAGCCAAAGCUGAUUUCCAACAAGUGAUACAUCAGCUGAGAUAUGGGUUGGAGAACAUGCCCCAGCUCGCGCAGGACUUGGACGGCUUUAUGACUCUCUCGCGCAACGUCGAUACGUACAUCGAUGAGCUCAGCUACUGCUGUAAGAAGGCCAGUUACCGCAACUUGAACCUCAUCUAG